UCGGUGUUGGCUCAAAUCCAGACUCGUGAAGGCGGAGAUGAAGCAGCUGCCGCCCAGGAGCAGCUCUGUGCUCACAGGACUGUGAUAAAACCCAUCCGAAAGGGAAAUUUCCGUGCCCGGGCAGCCGAGGGAGGGAGCCUGAGCUCAGCUGCAAUAAUCGCUGGACUGGGCUGGUUUGUGCCCAGUGUGGGAGCUGAGAAGGGGCUCUGGGACCCAUUCCCAGCUUCACAGGUGCCCUUUUCUCCUGCUGUGCCCAAUUCCAGGUUGUUGUGGAGCCAAAUCUGGGAAAGUGUGUGUGGGGAAGUAUUUCAGAGCAUCUCCACACCCCAGCUCCCUGGGAGGAGGGUGAAGCUGCGGAUGGAUGGUCCGUGUGGAGUUACACUGCAGUAACCCACUGAGGGAGGAGCAGCACUGAGCCCAGAGAGAUGUCCCGGGAUGUGCAGCCUGAUGAGGCUGUCCUUGCUGCUGCCAGGGAGAAGAAAAGAACAUCAGAGAAAAAUGAGGAGUCACCAUUCUGUCCCCGCUCAUCUCCUUUAGGCUACAGGGAGAAGCACACCCGGCACAAAGGCUCUGCCAGCAUGGUGUGGGCAGCCAGGCCGGGGAUGCUGUUCCGGAAGAACAGGGACAGCAGCUUCCACCCCCUUGACCUGUCCUGGGUGUUUGGCUACAACAGCAGCCUGGCUGUGCACAGCCUGAUGGACGGGGAGCACCGGGUGCUCCUGUACGUCUCCUCCCACACUGUGGUCAUCCACGACAUCCUGCAGAACAGGCAGUCCCACCUGCAGGUCUGGCACAGCGAGCAUCUCCCUCCUCCUCCUCCCCUUCUCCUGAACUCCCUCCCUCCAUCUCUCUGGUGCCCUGUGCUCAGGGGUCACCUACAACCAAACCCAGGAGCAGCCCAUACAAAAGGUAGGAACAGAAGAGCCCCAGGUUUGCAGCCUCCAAGGCAUUUUGCUGCUUCCCUCCCCCAGGGCCACACGAAUGUCAUCUCCUGCGUGUGUGUGAGUGAAGACAAACGCUGGGUUGCGACUGCUGACCAAGGGCCAGAUCCAAUGAUCAUCGUGUGGGACUCCUACUCUGGGGUUCCCGUGCGCACCAUCUUCCAGAGCCACCCUGAGGACGGGCUCUGUGCCAUCGCCAUUUCCCACGAUGCCAAGUAUUUGGUGACCAUUAGUGCUGCUGCUGUGCAGAAAGUUUGUGUUUGGAGAUGGACUUGGCUCACAGGGGAACCCAUGUGCAGCACAGAGCUGGACCCUGAGUUUGGCUAUCAGGAUUAUGUCAUUUUUAACCCUCAGAAUCCCCAUGAGUUUAUUAGCAACAGCAAAAGCCAGGUGAUAUUUUACCUGUGGGAUGACUCUGGUUUGCAGUAUGGGGCACCAUUCCUGAUCAACCAGACCUUCAAGUGCGUGGUGGGACAGUUCAGCCAGUCAGUUUUCCACUUUAACAACACCCAAGCUCUGACGGGCACGUCGGCAGGGAAGCUGGUGGUGUGGGACAUGCACGAGCCCCGCACCCUCCCCGAGGAGCGGCUGCCCAAACCCCACGGAGUGACAGCCACCAGGGUGGUGACAAUGCAGGAGGAGAGCCUUACCGUGCUCCAGGUGUCGGACAGCUAUAUAGUCACAGGAGAUGUGAAUGGGCAGGUUAAAUUCUAUGAUGGGCAGCUGCGGCUCCUCACCAUCUACAGCCACGACAAAGUGGGUCCCAUCCAGUCCAUCUCCUUCUCCACAAUCCUUCGGGAUGUUCCCGGUGCCCUCCCAAGCAGCAGGCAGCCCUUUCUCACCAGGAACUUUAUCCUUUCAACCUCUGAUGCAACCAUGUUCCAUGUUGCAACAGACAGCACAAACUUUGGAAGAAUCAUGACAGAGGCGAAGAAAGCUGUGAAUGCCAUUGCCUGCCACCCUCAGGAGCCACUGGUGGCUGUGGGGAGUCACUGUGGGCUGCUCAAGGUGUGGGACUACAAGCAGACCCAGUACCUCGUCAGCAGGAUAUUCACUGAGGCUGGAAUCCAGUGCUUAUCCUAUGAUGCUGAAGGUCAUUUGCUGGCCGCUGGUUUUACUGAUGGAAGCGUUUACAUCCUUGAUGCAAUUUCCCUUCAGUCCAUCUGCGAGGGAUUCCAGUGCUCGCAAGGUCCCGUGACUCACAUCGGCUUCUCACACGAUUCCCAGUACCUCGCAACCGCUGAUGAGACUUAUUCAGUGACUGUUUACAAAAGAGUCCUGCAGAACAAGAGCAGAUGCUGGGAGCACCUGGCAGGGCUGGUGUCCCACUACAAACCCAUCCGGGGCAUCCUCUUCGGGGUCCACCCAGACAGCCACGAGCCCAGGCUCCUGAGCCUCGGGGAGGACCGGCAGCUGGUUGAAUAUGACCUGAACAGCAGCAUCAAGGACCACUUGGUGGUCACACACAGGGACAGGCUGGAGCAGGCUGCAGUGCCCCUGUGCUUCACCUGGUACCCACAGCUCAGCACCGAGUCCUUUUUCCUCACUGCCAACAACUGCUACAAAAUGAAGCUCUACAACUCAAUAACCAAAGUGUGCAGAAAGACCCUUUUGGGACCAACCUAUGGCUCCCCCUUGGAGAAGAUACAAAUCCUCCCUAGGACAAGCUCUGCAGACCCCCGGCAACACUACCUGGUGUACAUUACAAAGGACAAGGUGGGUUUGCAGAUGCUGCCUGUCGAUGGCAACCCCCACAAGUCCUCGGCCUUCAUUUGCCACCCGGACGGUGCCGCUGACUUUGCCGUCUCCCACGACGGCCGCUACGUCUUCACAGCCGGGGGCAGGGAGCGCACGGUCAUGAAAUGGAAGGUCAACCUACAUGCCUUGGAUGCUGCUGCUUUCCUGGGUGGGGAGGAGCUGAUCCCAUUCUACAACCUCCUGGAUGGUGGCAGAGAAGGCAAAUUCUUCAGGGACAUGGAGGACUAUUUUUACUACGUACAGCUGUGCAGCCAAGGUAUCAAAACACUGGAGACCAGACAGGUGUCAACUCAUAUUCCCUUGGAGGAAAUUCCUUCUGUCAUGAGGGCAAUAGGAUUUUAUCCAUCAGAGGAAGAGAUUGAAGAAAUGAUAAAUGAAGUAAAAUUCAGCAAGUAUGCAGAUACUGGCGAAGAAGUGACAAAAAUCAAUUUAGAUGAUUUUAUCAAACUUUAUAUAAAUCAUCGACCUGCACUCGGCUUGUCAAUGAAAACCAUACAACGAGCAUUUGAGGUUCUUGGUUAUGAUAACAAGGAGGGAGACAAAGUUAUUGACAGAGGAGACUUCCUGUCACUGCUCCAGUGCAGAGGGGAGCAGAUGACAGAGGAUGAGCUGACUGAGUGUCUGAUCACCCUGCUGGGCAAGAGACCCAGGAAAGAAGGAUCUGAGCUGGACACCCACCCUCCCACAGGUGCAGCAGCUUUGACUGAAGAGGACAUUCCAGCAGAAAUCACAGCAGAGAUAUUUGUUGCAGACAUUCUCGGCUUACCUAUUGCUGAACCAGAAAAAAAAGAGCAGAAGGAAAAAGAAGAAUCUUUGACCUACAAAGGCCCAGAAUCAUAGCUACCAGUAGAUUUUCUGUUUGUUCCUACUUUCCAGGAUCCUCUCCACAAAUAUCUGCAAAAUUUAUGGCUUGUGUUUAUUGCAAAGUAAAGGUCACAUAGUUGCAUUUUAGUCAAACUCUAGAAUAAGUCCCCAGUUUGGCAUAUGCCACAAACCUGUAAUUUCACACCUAUAUAGGGAAACACUGAAUGGCUGGAAAGAAUGAGGCAGGUGGCCACUCCAUCCUUGGCUGGAACCUUCCCAGAAGUCAUUUCAGGUGGGUUGAUGCCAGAUGCAGUCUAUUUUCAUUACGUUAAGACAGUAUUCAUUUGUGAAACCUGACAGCAAAAGAGCAAUGUAGGAGUAUUGUAUUGAUUAAAUACAUUGAUUAAUGCUUUGACAGGUUAGAAUGGAUUUGUAGUUAUAAAUCCAAUGGACCUCGGUAAAGAAAUAAAUGCUGUGGUAUACAUUAAAACCA